AGGCGGAGGUCGGUCCUGUUCGCCAUGGGGGCGUCGGCGCGGCUAUUGCGCGCAGUGAUCAUGGGGGCUCCGGGCUCCGGCAAAGGCACCGUGUCCUCGCGCAUCAUCAAACAUUUCGACCUGAAGCACCUCUCCAGCGGGGACCUGCUGCGACAGAACAUGCUGCGAGGCACAGAAAUCGGCGUGUUAGCCAAGACCUUCAUCGAUCAAGGGAAGCUCAUUCCCGAUGACGUCAUGACCCGGCUGGCCCUUCACGAACUGAAGAAUCUCACGCAGCACAGCUGGCUGCUGGAUGGCUUUCCCAGGACACUUCCACAGGCAGAAGCCCUGGAUAAAGCUUACCAGAUAGACACAGUGAUUAACCUGAAUGUGCCCUUUGAGGUCAUUAAGCAACGCCUUACUGCCCGUUGGAUUCACCCAGCCAGCGGCCGCGUCUACAACAUUGAGUUCAACCCUCCCAAAGCUGUGGGCAUCGACGAUGUGACUGGGGAGCCUCUCAUCCAGCGGGAAGAUGACAAGCCGGAGACGGUCAUUAAGAGGCUGAAGGCGUACGAGGCCCAAACGGAGCCCGUCCUGGAAUACUACCGGAAAAAAGGGGUGCUUGAAACAUUCUCUGGAACAGAAACCAACAAGAUCUGGCCCAACGUACAUGCUUUCCUACAGACCAAGGUUCCAGAAAUCCAUCAGAAAGACUCUACCACUCCGUGAGGAAGAACGCGCUCGGCUGGCGAGGCAGCGGAAGCAGCUGGUCCUGGCCUCAGAUGCCCCUCGGCCUGGGGCUCCAGCAUGUAUGAAUCCUUUGGAGAUUGGGUUUUAUGUCUACUGAUUCUGUUUUUCCUGGAUACCACUAAGGAUGUGCCAAAUGAUCAAAUAAAUAAGAUCCAUGUUUUGUAAUCCUCUA